CCUUUUUCUCAUUUACUUUCUUCCUUAAAAAUCCAAUUUUUCUUUUUAAUUUGUUUCAGUCUCAGCUCUUCUUCUGCUCAUUGUUGAUCUUUAAAGUUGGGUUUUCUCCAUCUAUGGAACACCACUGAUCAAACAGACAAAACUCUCAGACAUCAUCUUCAAGUUCGUAACUUUUUUUUUAGAGAUUGAUCUCUUUGUGUCCGAUCAUGGCUGUCCCUGAGAAUGCUGGUGUUAAAGUUGACUCUUCUGCUCAGAAUUUAGACAACAACAACAACAACACUGAGACCAAACCCUCAUGUCCUGAUGAUCAGAGCCCUAAACCUGACUCAUCGAAUCCUCCGACUCCAGAUUCCGAUGAUCGGAGCGAUGAGACUGAAGAAAAGGGUCAGACCCCAAAUGGUGAGAAAGAGACUAAUGGAGGGUGUCUCAAGAAAUUGGCUGAUGCGUUUUCUAAGCUCAACCCGAUGGCUAAGGAGUUUGUUCCUCCUUAUUUGGCUACAAGUCAAUCUGGAGUUUUGAGAAAUGGAUUUGGAUUUGCUAAGAGUUCUGCUGUGCAGCCUGUUUUUGCAGAUGGGAAUGAUCAUCUUUUUAGAAGGAGAAGGAGCUUUGGCCAAGGGAAGAGAAGAAUGAACAAAAGAACCAGCUUGGCUCAGAAGGAAGAUGUUAUCAGGAGAACUGUCUAUGUCUCCGAGAUUGAUCAACAGGUUACCGAGGAGAACCUCGCAGGUUUAUUUGCUAAUUGUGGACAGGUUGUUGAUUGCCGUGUAUGCGGUGACCCAAAUUCUCUCCUUCGUUUCGCUUUCGUUGAGUUCACUAGUGAAGAGGGAGCUAGGGCUGCUUUGAGCAUGUCAGGAACAGUGCUUGGUUUUUAUCCUCUUAAGGUUCUUCCUUCCAAAACCGCUAUUGCCCCUGUUAACCCCACUUUCCUUCCCCGGUCUGAGAUUGAGCGUGAGAUGUGCAUGAGGACUGUUUACUGUACUAACAUUGACAAGCGGAUUAGUCAAACUGACUUGAAAGGCUUCUUUGAAAUGUUUUGCGGAGAGGUUCAUCGUCUGAGGCUUGGAGACUAUCACCACCAUAGCCGCAUUGCUUUUGUUGAGUUUGCCCAUGCGGAAAGUGCAAUUGGUGCUCUCAACUGCAGUGGUGUUGUCUUGGGCACACUCCCUAUAAGGGUAAGUCCAUCAAAGACACCAGUAAGGCCACACUAUCCCCUCGCUGAGAGCAAAUGAAAUGUUGACAAAAGCUCUUGCUGUGGAGAUCCCAAAAAGAUAAAAGGAGAGAUGAAGAAGACUAAAGAAGAGAGAAGAAGAAGGUACUUGAGGCGUUUAUGUGUUUAUAAUACCAAAAAUCUUUUUAGUCUUUUUAUUUUAUUUUAAGUUUGAGUCGCAGUCAGCAGAGCCUGCCCGGUAUCUUUGAACCAACCUUUUUAAGAACUAUGGUCUUUAACUUUCUCCUCCUUUCUUUAGAGUCUCCUAAAACAAAGAUGCGUCUUCUUUUGUUGUUGUUAUUGCUGAAAUACUCUUUUGGAUAUUUAAUUUGAAGACAUUUGGAUCAAUUCAAUUGUUCUUUUGGUUAUUUAUUCUAGUUAGCUAUUGUUUGAUUUUUUAUUGUUCACUGUAUUGUGCUGCUAACCACUUCAGAUAAC